AUGUCUCUUCCUGCCGACUUCCUCUGGGGCUUCGCUACGGCUGCCUACCAGAUUGAGGGCUCCAUCGAGGCCGACGGCCGUGGCCCUACCAUUUGGGAUGACUUCUGCAAGAUUCCCGGCAAGAUUGCCGACGGCUCGUCUGGUGUCGUCGCUUGCGACUCGUACAAGCGCACGGCCGAGGACAUUGCCCUGAUGAAGCAGCUCGGUGCCAAGGUCUACCGUUUCUCUCUCUCCUGGGCCCGCAUCAUCCCCGAGGGUGGCCGCAACGACCCCGUCAACCAGGCCGGCAUUGACCACUACGUCAAGUUCGUCGACGACCUGCUCGCCAACGACAUUACCCCCUUCAUCACCCUGCUCCACUGGGAUGUUCCCUCUGGUCUCGACAAGCGCUACGGCGGUCUUCUGAACCGCGAGGAGUUCCCUCUCGACUUUGAGAACUACGCUCGCGUCGUCUUCAAGGCCCUCCCCAAGGUCAAGAACUGGAUCACCUUCAACGAGCCCUGGUGCUCCUCUAUCCUCGGCUACGGCAUUGGCGCCUUCGCCCCCGGCCGCACCUCCGAUCGCGAGCGCUCCGCCGAGGGUGACACCUCCCGCGAGCCCUGGAUCGUCGGCCACAACCUCCUCGUCGCCCACGGCCGUGCCGUCAAGGUCUACCGCGAGGAGUUCAAGCCCACUGACCAGGGCCAGAUCGGCAUCACCCUGAACGGCGACGCCACCUACCCCUGGGAUCCCGAGGACCCCAAGGAUGUCGAGGCCGCCAACCGCAAGAUCGAGUUCGCCAUCUCGUGGUUCGCCGACCCCGUCUACUUCGGCAAGUACCCCGACUCGAUGCGCAAGCAGCUCGGCGACCGUCUGCCUGAGUUCACCCCUGAGGAGGAGGCUCUCGUCAAGGGUUCCAACGACUUCUACGGCAUGAACCACUACACCGCCAACUACGUCCGCCACCUUGACGGCACUCCCCCCGCUGAGGACCACCUCGGAAACCUCGAGUGCCUCUUCUACAACAAGGCUGGCGACUGCAUCGGCCCCGAGACCGAGUCACCUUGGCUGCGCCCCAACCCCCAGGGCUUCCGCGACCUCAUCAACUGGCUGUCCAAGCGCUACAACUACCCCACCAUCUACGUCACCGAGAGCGGCACGUCUGUCCUCGGCGAGUCCGACAAGCCCAUUGACGAGAUUCUCGACGACACUCUGCGUACCGAAUACUUUGACACGUACGUCAAGGCUAUGGCCAAGGCCGUCUCCGAGGAUGGCUGCAAGGUCCAGGGCUACAUGGCCUGGUCUCUGCUUGACAACUUUGAAUGGGCUGAGGGCUACGUCACGCGUUUCGGCGUCACCUACGUCGACUACGAGAACGACCAGAAGCGCUACCCCAAGAAGAGCGCCAAGAGCCUCAAGGCUCUCUUCGAAAGCGUCAUCGAGAAGUCCUAA